GCGCGUCGUUGACAUGUAAGCUUACAACAUGCAAAUCGCACUUCAACAACGAUCUACAGCCUUACACAUGCAUCUCUGAAAAGUGUCAAAAGCCACCAUUGUACUUUGCAAGCAUGGACCAAUGACAGAAACAUAUGAUGAAGAUACACAGUGUCGAUUGGGCUGGACAGAUGCACAGACGUCAAAUUUGGUUCUGUGACCGGCAUGGAAAGUUUGAGGAACUUCCAAGCGACGAAACACUGCGUAAGCAUCUGGUUGCACACCAAAAAUUCUGUCCUUACCCGACGACAAUAGACGUCGAGUGCAGAAGACACUUCUAUCAUGAGUCUCGCGAGUCAGGGAUCUGCUUAUUCUGCGACUUCGACGCCGCCGCCAAAACAGGUCCAGAAGAUGAACGUGAAGCAAGCAAGAAUUCGAACUUCGGUGACGCUGGUGUUGAAGCGCGUGAGUCUGGAGAGCUUGUUCGAGUAAAGCUCUGGAUGCACAUCGGCCAGCAUCUCAAGAGCCUAGUUUUCCUAUCGCUAAGAUGGCUCGAACAUGACGAGGGAAUUGCUGAAGAGGGUGGUGGAAAGGAGAAUGCCGCGCAGAGGGAAGGAUCUAGUGAUGAUGAUGACGAUCAUGAAGCGGCAUCAGUGGCGGGGUAGUCAGCUGUACUAUCAAUGCUAUACCUUUUGAACAGCCUUCAAUCUACUAUACCUGAGAAUGGAGCGAGAAUGAGCCGCUUUGAUGCCGACUGCGAGUGACAAGGUAAAGGAAGGUUGCGACAGACAGACAAUUAGGCCGAUACGUACGGUAGCGCGAUUACUCAACUGUUCCGAGGUUCCGAGGGACGCGUCUUCCCCGCAUCGAAGCGAAUCAUGCAACCAGCACCAGCCCUAC